UUCGUGUAUAUGAAUUCUCAUUUGGCGCCGAAUGACAUGAACAUGGCCAACAUGCCAACCACGAACCAUUCGGAAUCUUACUAGUGCCAGCUCGACAAUUUGCUGUUUCAUUUAUUUAAUUUAUUUUCGUUUAAUUUGAGUAUCACAUUAAUUGUUGUUCGCUGCUGUCAACUCAACUCCAUUAACGUUAAUCUCUCGUCUAAUCUUCUUCUUCUGUCAUUUCACCCAAGAACAUUCCAGUAGCUUCUGUGUAAUUAGGGUUUCAUCCAAUUUGGGGGAAAAACUUCUUCACCGUGUUUAUUACAUUAUGGCUUAUUACAACCAAUCCAUUCCAAAAUUGAAGAUCGCCAUGCUUGUAGUUGGAACAAGAGGUGAUGUUCAGCCUUUCCUCGCUGUGGCAAAGAGACUCCAGGAGUAUGGUCAUAAUGUUAGGUUGGCUACUCAUUCGCAUUUCCGGGGAUUUGUGAAGUCGGCCGGGGUAGAGUUUUACCCUCUCGGUGGUGACCCUCGUGUUUUUAUCGGAUAUUUAUCGAGAAAUAAAGGACUUAUUCCAUCUGCGCCUGGAGAAAUAUGCGUAUUGCAUAAACAAGCGAAAGCCAUUGUCGAUUCUCUUCUUCCGGCAUGCACGGAGCCGAAUAUCGUAACCGGUGAACCUUUUAUGGCUCAAGCAAUUAUUGCAAAUCCUGCUGCAUACGGGCAUGCAUUGGCUGAAGCACUCGGUGUUCCUCUACACAUCUUGUUCACGAUACCUUGGACGCCGACAUAUGCAUUUCCUCACCCACUAGCACGCGUACCUCAAAGUGCUGGAUAUUGGCUCUCGUAUAUUUUUGUGGAUUUACUGAUAUGGUGGGGCGUAAGAGGAUUUAUUAACGACUUGAGGAAAAAUAAGCUACACCUUGCCCCUAUUGCAACAUACUUCGAUACAUACCAUGUCUCGAUUUCUCAUCUCCCGACUAGUUAUAUGUGGAGUUCCCAUAUUCUGCCCAAGCCCAACGAUUGGGGCCCACUUGUUGAUGUUGUUGGUUACUGUUUUUUGAAUCUUGGAUCUAAAUACGAACCACCUCAAGAAUUUGUUCGGUGGAUGGAAAAGGGGGAUAAACCGAUUUAUAUUGGGUUUGGAAGCAUGCUUCUAGAAGAUUCGAAAAAAGUAGCAGCGAUAAUUUUGGAGGCACUUAGGAUUACAGGGCAGAGAGGAAUAAUCGAUCGAGGGUGGGGAGACCUUGGCAGCACUCAUACAGAUAUGCCAGAAGAUGUUCUCCUUCUUUCAGAUUGCCCCCAUGACUGGUUAUUUCCGCAGUGCUCUGCUAUUGUUCAUCAUGGUGGAGCUGGAACUACAGCCACAGGACUCAAAGCAGGGUGUCCAAUGACCAUAGUACCGUAUUUCGGAGAUCAGUUUUUAUGGGGAGAGAGAAUCUACCAGAAAGGAUUGGGACCCGCUCCGAUUCCGAUAUCACAGCUCACCGUUCAAUCUCUUUCAGAAGCUAUAACAUUCAUGCUCCAACCCCAGGUAAAAAACCGAGCGAUGGAAUUAGCAGAACUUAUACAGAGAGAAGAUGGUGUUGGAGCUGCAGUCGAAGCGUUUCACCGACAUUUGCCAACAGAGCUUCCAAUGCAAAAACCAUCGUCACAUAAAGACGAAACCCCGAAUCCGGUGCAAUGGCUUUUCAGUCGGAUCGGAAAAUUAUGCUGCCUAAUUUGCUCUCCUUGAGACAUUAAUUUCAAUUGUACAUAGACUUACUUAUUUGUUUAGUACAUAAAAACAUGCAUUCAUUUGUAAAUUGUAAUAGAAAUUACAACAGUGAAGAAAACAGACAUUCAUCAAUGUUACUUGUUCUA